UUUUUUUUCACGUGAAGCGCAAUUAUCAGGGAGCCAGCUCAAGCAUAAACUGAAGCGCAGGAGACUUUCGCAUCUCGCUUCUCCUGCUCUUCCCCCGGCCACCUCCACUCAACUGCCUCCACCUUUCCAUUCACGUUGAAGCCAAACUGGAACAAAGAAAAAGAAGCAGCAGAAAAAAGAAGGAGAAAACAACGCGCCGCUCCAGCUCCAGCUCCAGCUCCCGAGACAGCGCACCGGCGACCGACCUGCUCCGGCCAUUCCCGCGGAGCUCCCCGGCCCCCGCCCGCCCGCGCGCUCGCCGCCGCCUGGUGAUGCUCCGGGGCCCCUGCCUGGCUCCGGCGAUCCUCGCUUCGUAGCUAGAUAGAUCUGAGGCGCGGGAGAUUCCCCGGCGCGCGGGAUGGGGCGGCGUGUAGGGUUGUGGUGGCUCGUCGUGGCGUGGGUCGCGGCGGGGGCGUUGGCUGCGGCGGAGGAGGAGGGGGUGGUCGCGGGGCGACGGCACGCGUACGCCGCGAUGAUGUACAUGGGCACGCCCCGGGACUACGAGUUCUACGUGGCCACGCGCGUCAUGAUGCGGUCGCUGCGGGGGCUCGGCGCCGAUGCAGACCGCGUCGUGAUCGCCUCGCUCGACGUCCCGCCGCGCUGGGUCCAGGCGCUGAAGGAUGAUGGUGUGAAGGUGGUCUCUGUGGAUAAUUUAAAGAAUCCUUAUGAAAAACAAGAAAACUUCAACACACGAUUCAAGUUGACUUUAAACAAGCUGUAUGCUUGGAGCUUAGUUUCCUAUGAUCGAGUUGUUAUGCUCGACUCUGACAACAUGUUUCUCCAGAACACUGAUGAAUUGUUUCAGUGUGGCCAAUUCUGUGCUGUCUUCAUCAACCCUUGUAUCUUCCAUACGGGUCUCUUUGUACUGAAGCCCUCAAUGGAUGUUUUUAACAACAUGCUCCAUGAGCUAGCUGUUGGACGUGAAAAUCCAGAUGGUGCAGAUCAGGGCUUCCUUGCUAGCUAUUUCCCGGACUUGCUUGAUCAACCAAUGUUCCACCCACCAGUUAAUGGCACUAAGCUUGAUGGAACUUAUCGCCUUCCUCUAGGCUAUCAGAUGGACGCAUCUUACUAUUAUUUGAAGCUCCGCUGGAGUAUUCCUUGUGGACCAAAUAGUGUGGUUACAUUUCCAAGUGCUCCAUGGUUAAAACCAUGGUACUGGUGGUCUUGGCCAGUUUUACCUCUGGGGCUUUCUUGGCAUGAACAACGUCGUGAAAACCUAGGGUAUUCAUCGGAGAUACCUGUGGCAUUAAUACAGGCUCUACUGUAUAUUGGAGUCAUUGCAGUCAACCGGCUAGCACGGCCCAGUUUGUCAAAGAUGUGCUACAACAGAAGAACAGAGAAAAACACUAUGUUCUUACUCACUGCACUCAGAGUAGUGGCAGCAUGGUCCAUACUUGCAGCUUACACCAUUCCCUUCUUCCUCGUCCCACGGACUGUGCAUCCGCUGUUUGGCUGGCCGCUGUACCUGCUAGGGUCUUUCUCUCUUUCUUUAAUUGUGAUCAAUGUCUUCCUCCUUCAACCCCUUGCUGUCCUGACGACAUGGAUUGGGAUCAUCGGCACACUCUUUGUGAUGGCAUUCCCAUGGUAUAUGAACGGCGUCGUCAGGGCAUUGGCAGUGUUUGCCUAUGCGUUUUUCUGUGCGCCCGUAGUUUGGGCAUCUUUGGUCAAGACAAUGAGCUCCUUGCAGAUCCUAAUUGAGAGGGACGCAUUCAGGCUUGGAGAACCUAACCAGACGGCUGAGUUCACGAAGCUUUACUAAGGUGGGCACUGCUGCAGAUACAUAUGGUCACUUCCAGUGUCAUUCAAUUUGAUCAGCUAAUCCCAAUUUACGUUGGCGAUUCUGAUAGCCAAUUUAGUUGUACAAGUAAACCGCUGGGUUUGGGAACUACAGUUUUUGUUGUACCUCUUCAACACCAUCUCGGACCCAUGAUUGUCCUCUUGACGUGUAGAUGAUGUAUACAGUGGCAAUGGCAAGGGAAGGUGGAGUUUGGUGCUUCUGCAAUCUGCAUGUGUUUUGGGUGUGGUACUGUGGGGCACUACACUAGAUUUUUCCUUUCUUUUUUUGUUCUUUGUUUCCUGAUUUACCAUUACUCGAGAAAAGAAGGCCAACAUGUUCUUGACUUUGAUGUAACUGAAAUCUUCAGUUCCGCUAUCAUGGAAACUGGCCGAAUUAAUUUUGUCGGUGCUCUUGGGAAAUACUCUCUGAACACUC